AUGCUCAAAGCCCUGCGCCAUACCGCCUCUGUGCGACACGUGCGCUCGGUUCGCACCCUCACGACCUACUCUGGGGGCCAGCCGUCCGAGGGCCAGGGCGGCUUCUAUGGCUCGGCCAAGACGCGAUCCGAGGCCAACUCCAAGUUCAGCCCUGGCGCACGUGCCGAGCCGCAGGAUCUGACCAAGUUGCAGCAGCUCAUGCUUCAGUGGGAGACGCAGAAGGCCUCGCUCGCUGCUGAAGAGCAGCAGAGGGUGCUUGCGCGGAUUGCGAGCGACGAAGAGACGCUCAUCCAGCGCCUCCUCAUCCGAGGCGCGCCCGUGUGGGGGCUCUCUACACCGCAGCGUCACUUUGUGGCCGAGUGCAGCAAGAUCCACUGUUCUUAG